AGAUUUGGACAUAAACCACAACUAGACAGAAAGAAUAGCUAAUGAUAAAAAAAGAAAGGGAACAGACCAAGGACUGACAUGAAUUCAGUUGGAAGAGAGUUCAUCCCUAGGAAGUUUGAAGAGAGAUUUAGUAAGAAAUGGAUAUGGGACAGGUUUAAGAACAAGGUUGAUGUUUGUAGAAAAGCAUAUGUCAAGUUUAAGAAGCUGACUCACAACAGAACCGGACUUGUCUAUGAUGCUAUGGGACGGUUGGAGAUGCCAGAUGCUUGGUGGGAUCAACGCAUAGCGGAAUGGCCAGGUGCAAGAAAGUAUAAGAACAAAGUACCUCCAAACAUGGAUAUGUUUGAAGCAGAGUUUGGUGCUGUUAGUGUGACUGGAGCAGAAGGAUGGUGUGCUCAGCAAGGAGAAGCUAGCUUAGAUUCUAGAAUGGAUGCAGAAAAGGAAGAUGAAUCAGAUUCUGCUGACACAGAUAUGCCAGCACCAAGAGAAGGAACAAGUAGAGCUGGAUGUUCAAAGUCAAAAAGAAAGCGUAAAGAAGUUGAUCAAGAGCCUUAUGUUGUACGAAAUGCAAUUCUGGCAUAAAAAAAUAAGAUAGCU